UCAACACUUGCUUGACUAUUAUAAAAUGUUCCUUUUCUGUCGUUGUUAACAAAAAAAAUAAGGAUCAAACUUUUUACAAAAACACAUGCAUGCGAGGAUGCUACUGGUUCAAUCACAGCCCCAUUAGAUUCUCUUUUAUUUGUCUCCUUCUCUAUCCUUCAAGGGUACACCUCUCUCUCUCUCUCUCUCUCUCUCUCUCCUUAAAGCCCACCACCUUUACGUAUCUCUCUGUUUCUCUGUUACUCUAUAUAUAUCUACUCUAUAUACAAACACAGAAACACAUCUCAGGACUCGAAAUAAGAAGUUAGAAAACGACAAAGACCGAUCUAUCUCAGAGCAAUACACAAGACAUGAUUCAGAUAAGAAGAAAUGCAUUGAUCAAAAGAUUAUUGUACGUGGGCACAAACUCUGUCAUCAAGGGAAUCUCCUCUUCUGCAUCAUCUCAUUCAAGUUCAAGGAAGCUAGAAGGCAAAGUAGCGCUCAUCACAGGAGGAGCAAGUGGGAUUGGCAAAGCAACAGCCGGAAAAUUCAUCAGCCAUGGAGCCAAAGUUGUCAUUGCAGACAUCCAACCGCAGCUCGGGAAAGAAACCGAGCAAGAACUCGGUCCAAACGCAGCGUUUUGUCUCUGCGACGUGACCAAAGAAUCAGACAUUGCAAACGCGGUUGAUUUCGCUGUCUCUCUACACACAAAGCUUGACAUUAUGUACAACAAUGCUGGUGUCCCUUGCAAAACGGCUCCUAGUAUCGUCGAUCUUGAUCUCAAUGUUUUCGACAAGGUACUGAUUCUACUAGGACAUGGGUCUAGGGACAGUUUGUCAGGUUAUGUUAUAAUGUUUUUGCAGGUCAUUUACACAAAUGUUCGUGGAGUCAUAGCGGGAAUCAAACACGCAGCUCGUGUGAUGAUCCCACGCAACUCAGGAUCCAUCAUUUGCGCAGGGAGCGUCACUGGUAUGAUGGGAGGCUUAUCACAACACACUUACAGCGUCUCGAAAUCAGCAGUCAUCGGUAUAGUUAGAUCAACGGCUUCAGAGCUAUGCAGGCACAGGAUCAGAGUCAACUGCAUUUCACCAUUCGCAAUCACGACAUCGUUCGUGAUGGACGAGAUGCGGCAGAUGUACCCCAGCCUCGACGACUCGAGGCUGGUCCAGAUAGUGCACAGCACAGGAGUGUUGAACGGAGAGGUUUGCGAACCGGUGGAUGUAGCUAACGCAGCGGUUUACUUAGCGUCAGAUGAUUCAAAGUAUGUAAAUGGGCAUAACUUGGUGGUAGAUGGAGGAUUCACAACUGUAAAGAGUUUAGAUUUCCCUGCACCUGAUCAAGUUUAAUAAUAUUCAUAACUUUUACAAACAAGACACUGUUCUUUAAUGGUACUUUAUAAACUAAAACUAUGAUUCUAAUC